AUGGCGAUUCUCUCGUCUUCUUCUUCAUCAUCCUCCUCCUCAGUCUAUCUGCGUCGUUUUUGGCGGUUACCUUCUUCAUCCGAUCGUCUUCAUGCUCAUGUCCUUCAUCUAUAUCCUCCCAGAACGACGACGAUGAUUUCGACGUCGCAAGAGGAUAUAGAUUGGGUUAAAGAUCUGAUUAGGUCGAACGGUUUACAUAUGCAGGAUAAUGUGCUUCGGAAAGGGAUCAAUCCUCGCACUAGGUACAAAGGUAUUUCGCAUUACGAAGGAGAUGAAGCAACCAACCACACAGCUCUUCCAUGCCUUGGGGAGUUACUUGUUGAGGAGCAUCACAGCAAUUACGGUGAACCAUGGGCUGGUGGGCGUGACGUGUUUGAGUUUUUGGCCGAAGCAGCCAAUCUAUAA